CAUGAUUUGUACAAAAGUAAUCUCUUGUAGAUAUAUACAUCUAGUAAAUAUAUCUGAGUAUAAUUCAACUAAUGAAACUGAACUGGUCGAAGAAGCAACAAAGACAGGACUCCAGGUGAACAUAGACAAGACGGAGGUUAUGAAAAUAACUAACCAACAACAACAACAGCAGCAGCAACAUCCAGCGCCAAUCACCAUCAACGGGAGGGAUCUGAAAGAGGUUACUUCAUUCACUCACUUAUCUAGGGAGCAUUGUCUCAACUACACGAGAAACGGACGAGAAUGUCAAGUCGAGAAUCGGGACGGCGAGAAACACAUUCAUCAACCUGAAACCAAUCUGGAAAUCUUCAUCACUCCUCAACAUCAACAACAAAAUUUGGAUUUUCAACACAAACGUCAAGUCAGUUCUUCUAUACGGAUCAGAAACUUGGCGGGUCACAAAGAAUAUUUCCAACAGCCUGUUGCAGACCUUUAUCAACAACUGUCUUCGUUCUACACUGAAGAUCAGAUGGCCGGCCGGAAAGAAUCACCAACAAGAAACUAUGGGAACAAACAAAACAAGAACCAAUCGCCCAACAAAUAUUCAGGAGAAAGUGGAGAUGGAUUGGACACUCGCUGAGGAGGUCGCUGGGUGACAUCGCGCGUCAGGCCAGUGCUCGAGUGGAACCCGAAAGGGAAGCGGCGAGUGGGACGUC